AAUGAUAGCCAAAAUUUAAAGUAUACGCAAACAAUCACUGUAUUUUAAUUUCUUUCUACAUAGUUUUUAAAUACCUACUAAAGAUGAUUCGGACAAGUUUUUGCAUACUAGUUGUUUUGGUUAUAUUCGAUUUUCCGGUGAUAGAAUCACAAUCCCUCAAAAGCGAUGGGACACACUCAGCUCGGUUUCCUACACCUAGUAGGGAUUUUGUUGAACAUGCGGCAUUGAAUUGUCGGAGACAAAGUGCGAUUUUGACGGAUUUCGGAGCUAUUGGAGAUGGAAAAACCUCAAACACGAAAGCGUUUAGAGAAGCCAUAAGAAACCUUACUUCGAGAGCAGGCGAUGGUGGAAGCCAACUCAUUGUCCCGAAAGGGAAAUGGCUAACCGGAAGUUUCAACCUCACGAGCCAUUUUACUUUGCACAUCAAAGAAGGUGCAACCAUCCUUGCUUCUCAGGACGAAUCUGAAUAUCCCAUGCUUCAAGUGUUACCCUCAUACAGAGAUACAAGAUUUGCUAGUUUAAUCUACGGAAGCAACCUAACCGAUGUUGUUAUCACCGGUGACAAAGGGACGAUCAAUGGACAAGGGAAGUCAUGGUGGGCAAAGUAUCGAAAUGGUGGUUUCAAGUCCAUACAAAGACCAAUGUUGAUCGAGAUUCAAUCCUCUGAAAAUGUUCAGAUUUCGAAUAUCAAUUUGAUCGAUUCUCCGAUGUGGAGUAUCCAUCCUGUGUAUUGCAGGAACGUCAUCAUUAAAGGUGUUAAAAUCUCUAAUCCUAUCGAUACUCCUAACACGGAUGGAAUCAAUCCUGAUUCUUGCUUCAACACACUAAUAGAAGAUUGCUUCGUAGUCUCCGGCAACGAUUGCAUCGGCCUCAAGAGUGGGAUCGACCAAAACGGAAUCGUAGUUGGAAGGCCAAUCGAAAUGCUUUUGAUCCGACGGUUCUCAUGCAUUGCCCCCAACGGUGCAGGCAUAGCCAUGGGAAGCGAAAUGUCCGGAGGAAUCAAAGGUGUACGAAUGGAAGACGUAACUCUACACAACACACAAUCCGCCAUCAAAAUUGAAACCGCCGUAGGCCGCGGCAGUUACGUUCAAAAUGUUUGGGCUCGGAGAUUCACAAUCAAGACAUCGAAAUACGUUUUCUUGAUGACCGGAUCACACAAACCAAUUCCAAGAGAUGGGAAUAUUCCCAAGGCCAAGCCGGUGGUUACCAAUAUCAAUUUCCGUGAUAUAACGGGGGAGAACGUUACGACCUCGGCAAAGCUCGAAGGGAUGAAAAGCAACCCUUUUACGGGUGUAUGCAUGUCGAAUGUUAGUAUAUCGCUUUCGCCGAAUGCGAGUAAGCAGCAGUUCCAUUGUAUGGAUAUCGUCGGAGAAUCAAGAAGUGUUAAGCCGCAGCCGUGCAGUUUGUUGCCGGAUAAGCAUCCGGGAGUUAGGAUCUGCGAAAAUGCGCAGAUGAUUAGGCCAAUGUUUGGUAUACUAGUCAUUUUGGCUAUAUUCCGCUUUCCGGCGAUUGCGUCCCGGAGUCACCAAAAUGUGGUGUCUUCAGGGAUUAGAUUUUCAGCAUUGAAUUGCCGGAAACAUAGUGCAAUAUUGACUGACUUUGGUGCGGUUGGAGAUGGAAAAACUUCUAAUACAAACGCCUUUAAGAAAGCCAUAAGCAAGCUCAGCCAAAUGGCAACCGACGGUGGAGCUCAACUCGUAGUUCCUCCCGGAAAAUGGCUUACGGGAAGUUUUAACCUUACCAGCCACUUUACUUUGUUCAUCCAACGAGGGGCUACCAUCCUUGCAUCUCAGGAUGAAACUGAAUGGCCAGUGGUCGCUCCUUUGCCAUCGUACGGGAAAGGAAGAGACGGAACCGGAACCGGGAGAUUCAACAGUCUCAUCUCCGGUACAAACUUAACCGACGUGGUUAUCACCGGUAACAACGGAACUAUCAACGGACAGGGACAAUAUUGGUGGGAUAAAUUCAAAAAGAAGCAGUUCAAGUUAACAAGACCGUACUUGAUCGAGCUCUUGUUCUCCAAAGACAUUCAAAUCUCGAACAUCACAUUGAUCGAUUCACCAUCAUGGAAUAUUCAUCCCGUCUACUGUAAUAACGUCAUUGUCAAAUCCGUCACCGUUCUUGCUCCCGUCACUGUCCCCAACACCGACGGAAUCAAUCCAGAUUCUUGCACAAACACAUUGAUCGAAGACUGUUACAUAGUCUCUGGUGACGACUGUAUUGCCGUCAAAAGCGGUUGGGACCAAUACGGAAUCAAAUUCGGAAUGCCGACGCAGCAACUCUCCAUCCGACGGUUGACAUGCAUCUCCCCAAAGAGUGCAGGAGUAGCCUUAGGAAGUGAAAUGUCCGGAGGAAUCAAAGACGUUAGAAUCGAAGACGUGACUUUAACCAAUACAGAAUCCGCCAUCCGAAUCAAAACUGCGGCGGGACGUGGCGCUUACGUCAAGGACAUUUUCGCUAGGAGGAUAACGAUGAAGACGAUGAAAUACGUUUUCUGGAUGAGUGGAAACUAUAAUCAGCAUCCUGACGAAGGAUUUGAUCCCAAGGCGUUGCCGGAAGUUACUAAUAUCAAUUACCGCGAUAUGACGGCGGAGAACGUUACGAUGUCGGCGAGUCUUGACGGGAUUGAUAAAGAUCCGUUUACGGGUAUUUGUAUUUCGAAUGUGACUAUAGCUUUGGCGGAUAAGGCUAAGAAAGUGCAGUGGAAUUGUACAGAUGUGGCUGGAGUUACCAGCAGAGUUACGCCGGAGCCAUGUAGUUUGUUGCCGGAGAAGAAAGCUCCGGCAAAGAAUGACGACUGUGUCUUUCCAUCUGAUUUGAUUCCGAUUGAGAGUGUUGUAUUGAAGAUGUGCUCUCUUUGAUGUAUUAUAGUGACAGUCACAGAUUAAGAUGAAUUAAAAACUUUAUGAAAUU